AUGAGCACCCCAGAAAACGUGUCCUUCCUAUCCCGCCAGUUUAAGCUCGCGGCUCACUUCUAUCUCCCAGCUCCCAACUCGCCUAACCGCAGUGGAGCAGCCAUCGUCAUCGCUCACCCUUGGACCUCCAUCAAAGAGCAGUCGCCCGCCAACUAUGCCCGUGUCCUCACCAAAGCAGGCUUCAUCUGCCUCGCCUACGACGCCGCCUACCAAGGCGAAUCCGAAGGCGAGCCCCGCUACCUCGAAGACCCCGCCCAACGCGUCGAGGACAUCAAAUCCGCCGUGACAUACCUCACCAGCCGCAACGAAGUAAACAAAAACCUCAUCGGCGUGUUAGGAAUCUGUGCCUCUGGCGGCUACGCGCCGUUCGCAGCACAGACCGACCUCCGCAUCAAGGCCGUCGCGACCUCUGCGGCCGUCUGCGUCGGCACAAUGGCAAGACGCGGCUUCGACAAGGGUACCUCCAACAUGGAGAUCCUCAAGACGCAGCUGGAGAAUGCUGCAAAGGACCGGAAUAGCGAUGUGACUGGGGAAAAAGUCCCGCUCGUGCACAUGCUCCCGGAGCGCAUCGAGGAUAUGCCCGCCGACUACCCGGAUUCAUUCCGGGAUUUGGCGGAUUACUAUCGCACGAAAAGGGCGAAUCACCCGCGUGCGCCGAAUGUGUGUUUGCCGCGUAGCUGGGACCUCAUGGCGAAUUUUGAUGCGUUUGCGUGGAAUGAGAUGAUUAGCCCGCGGCCUUUGCUGAUGGUUACGGGGACGAGGGCGGCGACGAAGUGGUAUAGUGAGGAUGGGGUGGCCAAGGCGAAGGAGCCAAAGGAGCUUUUUGUUGUGGACGGUUUGACUCAUGCUGAUCUUUAUGACAAGGUUGAUCAUGCUGGGGCUAAGAUUGUUGAAUUCUUCGGCAAGUAUCUUGUCUGA